GGCAUUUUUUACGAUUCAAUUUUCAACUGAAGUAUACUAACUUCUCUUCAGUGUCAACUGCUUAACUGUCUUCAGCUGCUGAAAGGUGAGGCUACUGUCCACGUGCAAGUCCAUGACCCCCCUCUGCUGGUUGAGUGUAAUAUUGAGCAACCAGAUGUUAUUACUAUGCCAGCUGCCGCAGAGUGUUGCGCAAGUCCUGUUUGUGCUGCAUGAGUAUUAGUCAGAAAUAUAUUUUGUCAGGAUAGGCUAAUUUAGUAUCAAGGGUGUCCCAAACAAACGUGUACAGAAAAAGGAAAUCAGAAAAGCACAACACACAAUUAUGUAAUACACAAACAUUUGAAAAAAAACAAAAACAAUCUAGAUAAAAAGAUACUCAUGAAAGCAGGAUUACACCUAAAAACUAGACAUAAUAAUAAAAAAAAGAAGAAGAUUAAAACAGAAAUAAAGUAAGCAUGACCACAUUGCUGGAAAAAUAAAUGGGCAUUUGGAUAUUGGUUUUGAAAUGUGAAAACCUUUAAAAUAAAUAGAAUUAUGACUGUGUUUUAUAUACCCUAUGUAUCAAAAGAGUUGUAAAUUAUUUUGUUUAAGGUAAAGAAAAUGAGUCAUUAAAUCUUCCAUUCAUUUACUAGUCAGACUAUAAACAGAGCCACAGUAUCACCUAAACCAAACUCGUGAAUGCAAUUCUCUUUAAUUAUAAAUUAAUCAUCAGUUUCAGUGUGCGAGAAUGCGUCAUAAUCAUUUGAAUCGUAGUAUCAUAAACCUUCACAUAAGCUUACUCUGGGAACUCUAUCUAUGACACACUUCGGGAAAUAUGUGUGCCUAUUUGUUUUUUACGAAAUCAAAUAAGUCCCUUAACCACAAUGAUGUCACUACUUAGAAAUGUUCUGUCCCUGGACUUUUCCAUGCUUUGUAUUAUACGUAGAAGAAGGAUUCUAAGAAUUAUGUUUAAUCAUCCCAUAGGAACUAAAACUAAUUAUAGUAAAGUAGCAUUUGGACGCAUUACAGUUUCUCUUUCUCAUUCAGGGAGGAUGUGGUAUUUUGGUUGGUAUCUGAUACUACUGUCCUGACUGUUGUGUAACACUUUGUGUCACAAGCCACACCUUUCCACGCCUCUUAAGUGGUAGGUUCAGUUGAGCCCGGCUCAAACACACAAGUGAGUUGCUAGACCGAUGGAAUAAAUCAUCUGCAGGACAGGACAAGUAUCCAACUUUACAGAAUCAUGUUAUGGACAAUAUUCUUACUGCUGAAUGGAGUUGUUAUACUAGUGCUCCUUUUCUCAACUCGCACAAGAAAGAAAAAUGAGCCCCCUCUGGACAAAGGUUUCAUUCCAUGGUUGGGCCAUGCUCUUGAGUUUGGAAAAGAUGCUGCAAAGUUUUUGGCCCGGAUGAAAGACAGACAUGGGGAUAUCUUUACAGUCCGUUUAAUUGGCAAAUACGUGACGGUGCUGUUGGACCCAAACUCUUUCGAUGCCAUAACGAAUGACACAGACUGCUUGGACUUCACCCGCAGCAGAAACCAGGUCAUUCAAAGGAUCUUCAGUCUGCAGCUGCAGAGUAUCAACCCUACAGCAGAGCGGGAAUGGAUGGAACAGCAUUUUCGAGGUCUCAGUCUCUCCAAACUCUGCGGCUCAAUGAACUCUAACCUCCAGAAGCUGCUGCUGAGCGAUCAGAACGGCUGCAGUCCUUCAGAGUGGAGACAGGACGGACUCUUUAGCCUCUGUUACAGCCUUCUCUUCAGGGCGGGAUACCUUACAUUGUUUGAAAAGAGAGACAACACUACUGAAGUCUAUAAUGAGUUCCGCAAGUUUGACGAUCUUCUUGCCAAACUGGCUCGCUGCUCACUCAAGCGAGAGGAGAGCAAAACAGUCACGUUGUCCCGUGAGCGACUGUGGGAGCUGCUGUCCCCCAAAUGUCUCAGGGGAGAAUCAGAGUCAAACUCCUGGCAGCAGAGCUACCAUCACUUCCUGCAGGAGAAUGGAAUAGAUGCAGAAAUGCAGAAAAAAGCAUUGCUCUUGCAGCUGUGGACCACACAGUGCAAUGCUGGACCUGCUGCCUUUUGGCUCCUUGGCUUCCUGCUCACUCACCCUGAGGCCAUGGAGGCAGUUAAAUCAGAGAUCAGAGGCCUUACUCUGCAGGACACUUCCCUGCAGCGUCCCCCCAUCAACCUGCUGGAAGCACACAGCACACCUGUGCUUGAUAGCGUUCUGAGCGAGACACUACGGCUCACGGCUGCAGUGAUGAUCCGCAGAGAGGUGGUGCAUGACAAAGUCCUGCAGAUGGCCAAUGGACAGGAGUACCACCUCAGACGUGGGGACAUGGUUUGUCUGUUCCCCUUCCUCAGCCCUCAAAUGGACCCACAGAUACACCAAGAACCACAGGUUUUCAAGUACGAUCGCUUCUUAAAUCAUCGGGAAAUGAAGGAUACAUUCUACAAAAAUGGAAAAAGACUGAAAUACUACACCAUGCCCUGGGGUGCAGGGAGCAACAUCUGCGUUGGGAAAGAUUUUGCUGUGACGGCCAUUAAACAGUUUGUCAUCUUGCUCUUGACUCAUUUCGAUCUGGAGAUGUGUGACCCAGAGGACAAAAUGCCACCAGUGAACGCAAGCCGCUACGGCUUUGGGAUGCUCCAGCCGGACGGUGAUCUGCAGGUCCGGCACAGACUAAAGAGGACACAAAAUGAAAGUUAACUUGAUAAUUUGAUUAACUGUAAAUAACUUUAAACUUUUGAUUGAUCUAGCUUUUAAUUAUGUUAUUAUAUUAUUCUACUGUAGCACUAUUUAUUCGUUUAUCGCGUUUUAUUCACUCUGCAUAUUUUUUUAUUGAUUGUUAUUAAUAUUUUCAAUAAAAAGUAAAGAUUC